GUUGGAGGUGGAGGUGGAGGUGGUGCUAGAGAAUCUAUCGAAAAGGACAGAAGCGACGGGCUGGGUCGCUCGUCUAGAAGCUAAACGUUAGCUCUGUAGCUCUGCAGUUUAUUACGCGCGCGAGUUUUCAUCAGAGAAAGAGAAAAAUAGAGAAAGAAAGAAAGAAAGAAACGACAGCUAGUUGUCUUGAGCGCGCAUAAGCGCUCUGGGUAGCACUCUUGUAAGAAACAACAUAUCGUAUAGUCGAACUUUAAAGGGUUGAACGCGUCUUCUCUUUCUUCCCCCACCUUUUCCUUUUCGACAUGUGACGCGACGGUGUUCGACGACGUUUCGUCGAACGACGUCUGACAUCGGUCCUGCAGUAUCUUAAGGACUUACGCGUCUCUCGACGACGUCGUCGACAUCGUCGUCGUUUUUGUUAUUGUUGUUGCUAUUGUCAUUGUCAUUUUCGUUGUCAUUAUUACCGUUCUUUAACGCGGUCGACCACGUGGUGGUGAACGAGCUUCGUAUCGAGAAGGUUUACUUUAUGCUCGGCCGAAUGUCGUCGUCACACAAAAAACAGAAGGAGUCAAGAAGGAGAAGGUAGAAGAAAAAGAAUUUCAUUUUCUUGAGUAGGAGACUGACGGCAUGGGUCUGCCGCGUUUGUCGUUGAAGAGAUGCUUCCUUUACGUGUUUUGUUUGACGGGGAUGUUGCUGGUCCUUAUGAACGUACGUCAAAAGGAGAUCUGGCAUGCGAUGAGAUCAGAUCCAAUUCAAGUGCAAUCUCUUCGCGUACUUGGUGACACUACCAAGUCGCAGAUGAAACAUGAUUGGCCUUUGAAAACGAAGAAGUCGACGAUACGGAUAAUGCAAACGAUUCGAGAGACGAUCAAGAGAAAAGACGUAAUUAACGAGCUGAAUUCGACUGGAACGACGAUCUUGUCGGAAAAUUCGAUAGAUUCUUUGGCCCCAUCGAUAAGACCAUGGUAUAUGAAAGGUGGAACAAGAAGACCACAUCCAGCUGCCAAAUCUCGUCGUACUGGUCGAAGAUUAGCACGUUUGUGGCCAGAAGAGGAUACUUACGAUGACCGUGUGACUAAUCAAUUGAUGUUUCUGCCACCUGAUUACAAUCGAACGGAAGAACAUAGAUUUAAAAAAAUAAUGGUACCUCAUGGAAUGGGAGAGGCCAAGGUUGGUUCAGACAUUUUCGUUCAACAUCGUUGUCCUGUUAACACGUGUACCAUCGUUCGUGACAAUCCAAAUGAGGCUGAUUUAAUUUUAUUCAAAGAUUAUGUAACAUACGUGGGGCGAAGACCUCGUAAUCAGGUUUGGAUGCUGUAUUUUUUAGAAUGUCCUUAUCACACGCAAAGCGUGAAAAAUGCUCUAAUCAAUUGGACGGCUACUUAUCGUCGUGACAGUGACAUUGUUGCACCCUACGAAAGGUGGCAAUAUUACGAUUCUAGUAUUAAACAAAUAUCUCAAACGUUUAAUUAUGCUGCUAAUAAAACGAAAAAGGUCGCAUGGUUCGUUUCCAACUGUCAUCCACGAAAUCAACGUAUGCAUUAUGCCAAGGAACUGUCAAAGUACAUUCAAGUAGAUAUUUACGGUGCCUGCGGUACGUUACGUUGUCCUCGUUCACAGUCGCAAACUUGUUUCGAUAUGUUAGACGAGGAUUACAAAUUUUAUUUAGCAUUUGAGAAUUCCAAUUGCAAGGACUAUAUUACGGAAAAGUUCUUCGUGAACGGGCUUGGUCACAACGUUUUACCAAUUGUAAUGGGAGCACAUCCAAGCGAUUAUGCACGAAGUGCACCGUAUAGAUCUUACAUUCACGUGGAUGAAUUCGCAUCGCCAAAAGAAUUGGCAACUUAUCUUCAUCGUUUGGAUCACGACGACGAACUUUACAAUUCGUAUUUUCGAUGGAAAGGCACGGGAGAAUUUAUCAACACAUUUUUUUGGUGUCGAGUAUGCGCCAUGUUGCACGACGAUCGUCCUGCCAAAUUUUAUAAAGAUGUUAACGAAUGGUGGAGGGGAGAAGGUGUUUGUACGACUAGUUCUUGGCGUGAACACGAAAGCUCGAAAAAAGCACGCUUGAGGAAUACCUGAGAACAUAUUCCCUGAAAUGUUUUGCUAAAAGAAUCUCAAAAAUAACUUUCGGAAUGUUUUUUUAUUCUCCAAAAUCGAUUUUCUUAUCAUCAUCAUCAUCAUCAUCAUUAUUAUCAUUAUCAUCAUCAUCGUAAAUAAGGGAUUUGAAAAGGAUGAAAACGAUAAAACAAUCACGACGAGUUUUGAUUAAUUCGUCCAAGCUUCUUCGAAUAAUGGUAUAUAUUAUUAUAUUAGCGUUAUAUGGUGUUUGAUCACAUAUCCUAUACGCAUGGAUGUUAAUGACACGAAUUAUCGUCGUAAUUUUGAUUAUUAUAUACCUCUUCGUAUGAAAAUUCUUCUAAUAUUCAAUGAAGGGAAAAUUUUCUAUGGUAAAUAACAAAAUAAUCGUAUCGUGUGGUGAGAUACGAUGCCGUCUAGUUGGAAUUGCAAACAUUGACUCGUAUCACUAGAACAUUUCGUCAUCUAGUCAAAGAAAAUAAUAUAUAUCUAGGACGAUAAAGUGAGAUAACUUAUUAUUAUUAUUAUUAAAUAUAUCAUUUGAGUUAUUUAGCGAGAUCACAAUUUAGUCUAGUUAACUUAAAGAAAUAAAAAAGAAAAGAAUCGUCGAGUUACUUUGAUAAGCAGCGAUAAAGAUCGUAUGUCGUCGCUUUUCUUCUAGGUUCCUACGAUAUUAAUAUUUAAUAAAUAUAAUAUAAUAUACUGUGCGCACAAGCAGCUUAGGUAUUAGAACAAAUUGAUGCAGAAUAUAUUUCAAAUAGAUGUACCAAAGCGAUCAAGCAAAAUAUUGAUGAAAGCAGCAUGACAAAUUCUAGUACCUUUGCCUUGAUAAAACCAAAAAAGAAAAAAAGCAAGAGAAGAAGGAAUAUAAAAUAGUUGUUUUAUAAAAAUAAUGUAUAAUUGAAAAGGGUAACGUGACUAAUGCAAGUGCUCGCAUUUUAGUAUUCAAUCAUAUUUGCAAUAAUAACUUUCGUUAUUAUCAUCAUUUAAGUAUUACAUUUUUCUUUACUCGUUAAUUUUUUAAUUUAUUUGUUGUUCAAUUAAACCAUUGUAUAUUUAUACAAAUAAGUACAUCGAAGAAUCCCAUCGAGUUUUGUUAAGUAAUAAUAGUAAUCUCUCAACAUUAGUGAUAGAAGUAAUAGUAGUAGUAAUAAUAGUAGUUGUAGUAGUAGUAUUACUAGAAAUAGUAUGAACAAAAUUUUUUUCAUUGAUCGUUAUCAAUUGCGUUUCUUAUCAUUCCUCUCUCAUAAAUUUGGUGCUGCUUUAUAAUUGGUGCUGAUGUACGGUGUAUGUGUGUAAAAAAGAUACAAACCGAAUAUGUGUAAGAAAAAUAGGUAACCAAAGAAAGAAAAUAACAAAAAAAAAGUAACAAAAACAAUAAAUAUACAAGGCAGAAUAAAAUUGAAAAAUGCAUAGAACGUACACGUACUUGCAAUUUAGUAUAAUAAAUAAAUAAAUAAAUACCACGAUGUUAUUACAUAUAUGAGAAUAAUUAUUUAUUGAAGUGAUCACUCGCUGUGAGAGAUUAGAUAGGGCUAUUAAUAAAUAAUUAUAUAUAAAUUAUAUAUAAAUAAUAUAUGAUAGCUGGUAACGCGUCUGUCGUUUUAUUCGUUGUAUAGUAAGAAGUAAAAAAGACAAAACAAAAAAAA